AUCUUCAAAAGGUUCAAGGGUAAAUAUCAGUGCAUGAAUAAUAGCAUGCUUGUGAUUAUUAUCAAAUAUCCGUGUAUCAAUAUUAGAUAGAAUGCAUGUUCAUACUAGUUGCAUUUUAUUUAAAGUAGUUUCUUCCAGUAGUUACACUUGUUAAGUCAGUUGUUUGUUAAAAACUGGUUUGGGGCCAAGACUGUAUAAUUAAUGUUAAGCGAAGUUUCACUUUAAAAUAAGUAUUUAUCUGGGGGAAAAAAGGCAGAUGGUCUAAUUGACAACUAAAAUAAUCCCUAAUUCCAUUAAUCAUUUGCUUGUGUAUGAACAAACUAAACUAUUUUGGAUUUCAGAUUUCACUUUGAGUUUGUCUCUCCAAAGAUUUAAGUUUUUGCUUUAAAAAAGAAAAUUCUAAUUUAUUUGAUCAAUCUUUACCUUUCUGGUUUAAAUCAAUACAGCUGCUCUCCCUAAAUUUAUACUAAUAAAUAAAACACUAAAAAGCUGUUCAGAGUGAAUGUAAUCAUGAGUAUCAUCUCUGUCAAAAACCUAACUAUAAAUGAACACUUAUGACAAUAAACUGACCUUUGUGCUUUUUAUGUGACUGCAGGACAUUGAUCGGAGGCAGGAGGGAGGACAGGCUUAAUUUUUUUUUAAAAAUAUUCUCAGACUUGAUGACUAUGAGGGGAUAGGAGGGAGGGUGAGUGAGGCUUUUUGGCGCUGCUAAUUGAAUCCACAUUAGCUUAGCUUAGCCUGAGAGCACUCGGAGAGAUAUCAGCGCUGCGCUUUCCUCCAGCUGGAGCCGAGACACGGAGCAGGAACCAGACAGAACAACUAAACGGUGAAAAUGAUAACCCCGAAACCUCGCAGCAUGCUCCGGGAGGCGUCUCAUCAGAUCAUAGCCGGUGGCUCCGCCGGUCUGGUAGAGAUCUGCUUGAUGCAUCCCCUUGACGUGGUAAAGACGAGGUUCCAGAUCCAAAGAGGGUCCGGUGACCCGACCAGCUACAAGAGCCUGGCCGACUGCUUCCGGACGAUCAUCCGCAGUGAAGGAAUCUUCGGCUUCUACAAGGGAAUUUUACCUCCGAUCCUGGCAGAGACGCCCAAGAGAGCAGUCAAGUUCUUCACCUUUGAGCAGUACAAGAAGCUGCUGAGUCUGACCCCUUUGUCUCCUGCUGUGGCGCUGUCUGCAGCGGGGCUCGGCGCAGGCCUGACUGAAGCUGUUGUCGUCAAUCCAUUCGAAGUGGUGAAAGUCAGUCUCCAGGCCAACAGAGAUUCCUUCAAAGAGCAACCCUCCUCUUUCGCCCAAGCAAGACGGAUAAUUAAGUCAGACGGGUUCGGACUGAAGGGCCUGAAUAAGGGAUUAACGUCGACGCUGGGACGCCACGGAGUUUUCAACAUGAUCUACUUUGGCUUCUACUUCAACGUCAAGGAUGCUAUUCCUACCAGCCCGGACCCCACCCUUGAGUUUCUGAGAAAGUUUACCAUCGGCCUCGUGUCGGGGACCAUCUCCUCGUGCGUGAACAUUCCCUUCGAUGUCGCCAAGAGCCGCAUCCAAGGCCCUCAGCCAGUGCUGGGGGAGAUCAAGUACCGCACCUGCUUCCAGACCAUGGCGCUGGUGUACCGCGAGGAAGGGUACUUGGCUUUGUACAAGGGGUUGGUUCCCAAGAUAAUGAGGCUUGGACCAGGUGGAGCAGUGAUGCUGUUGGUCUAUGAAUAUGUGUCUGGAUGGCUUCAGAGAAACUGGUAACAGAGAGAGAGAGAGAAAAAAAAGAAAGGAAACCCACAUUAGUGCCUUAUGAGUUGUGCCUCAUUGCCAGUAUUGUUAACUGACCACAUCAGACCAAAAUGCAAAAUACCAAAUCAGCAUUACAAUAUUUCUUAGAAUGCAGGGAGGAAAAACGUCAUGACUAAGUAAUCUUCUCAGGAAUUAAAACCAGCUGCGAUAUGUGAAGAGUGACAAAUACAUAUCUAAUAGGAAACAGCUUUCAAUAAGUCCUCAAAACCCAAUUUUCUCAAUGAGCUGCUUGCAGCAAAAUCCAACAUGAACACUAUUAUCUUUCAAAUCUAAAACAGUUUUGGUUGCCUCACAUGAGCUAUUUAUGGGGGGUUUUUGGUGGUUUUUCUGUGUGGUCCUCUGACUGGUUUGAAGUGGGCAGUGCUCAUUUGGAAAAGAACAUUUUAUCCCAUACUUUUAUGCAUCGAUCAGAGUAGAACAACUUUAAAAUCUGGAGAUCGGGAUUUAACUCAUAUCUCUAUCGAGCCACACACAGAUAAUCCUGAUGGAGGAGAUUCCGCCGUAAUACAUAGCUCAUGUAACAUCAAAAUACUUACAUUUAUGACAUAAAAUGAAUAAAGGGACAUGGAACUUUCAGGCGCUUUGAUGAAUGUUUACAUGACAAUCACCAUCUAUCUAUAGCUGCACUUGAAGACACACUACAUGAAGAUAACACAAUUUGUAAGUCAACGUUGCUCUGCUGGAUCAUCCAUCAAAGCUUCAUCUUUGUAGAAGCUGCUAAUGAAAUCAGCUACAGCUCACAUACGUUCUACAGCUGUGGAGCGACGCACACGUGUCUGUACAUAUUAGUGAAAGACUGAUUAACCAUCUGAACCCCAAGCAGUUUCUGGGCGAUUUUUUUUUUGUUUCCGUUACAAUUUUGCUCACUGUGGUCUUGUUUCUUGCUGCAAUAUAAAGUCCUACAACUCUAUGGAGACAGCAUAACCAUAGCUAGAAGUAGAGAAAACUUAGAAAUGCUUUUCGUGCAGUGUAGCAAAGUUAUAAUGCCAUAACUCAUAAAAACCAACAAGAAAAAGAGCGCACGUUAUCGAUUAUUUUACAAAUAUUUUCUUGUAAAACCUGUAAUCAACUUUUGCAUUUUUUUUCAAGUGCCUAUGCUAGAAAAAAUGCGCUCAACGUACUGUCGAUAUCUUAUUUUUACUUAAAUGUUUUUCUCCCACGCUCUGAGUAAACACAACCUGCCGUUCAGCUGAGUUCAAAUGACAACUAAAUUGUUUAACUUGUCUUGUGGCACUCAUCCAGGUUAUUUUCUCCUGACUAGAUCCUUGCUGGUUGUUGUACCUACUCUCAGAUGUACGUUGCUUUGGAUAAAAGCGUCUGCUCAGUGAAAUUGUAGAAUUUUAGAAUUGUACUUGACUGUUGAUUGCAGCCGAGUUCAUAUUUCCUUCUCGGUUGCACCAAAAAGUGCAGAAUGUUUAGCUUAUUACCGAAUACGGUUUAUGUAAACAAAUUAUUUUUGGCAAAUUUUUAGGAAAUUUUUCAGAAACUGCAUAUCACAGAUGAGGAAUUCUUAAAUGUUUUUUAAAGGUAAAAUAUCUCUCAAUCCUGGGAGCAGGUUUUGGGGGUCAGAGGGUCAAUGGAGUGACCAUUGAUUAAAUUAUAGAAUUUUUACAUAGUUUUCUUUGACAUAAUUAGCAAAAAAAAUGUCCAGAGACAUUAAAAAGCACAUUAAAUAUACAUUAACUCUGAAUUUAGCAGGGAAAUGAGCAAAACAGCCCCUUGAGUUAAGCAAGCGUACGUUAUAAUUCAAGAUUAGCCACCAUACGGAGAGAUUUCAUGAUAUCAGAUGAGCAAAGAUAGGUAAGCAAAGAUAAAUCCGGAAACGUCAGCACAACAGAGCCAAAAAAUAAAAAAUAAAUCACACAAUUCACUUCAUGCAACAUAUUUUCUUACCAACAGAUGCACAAAUAUCGGCAUUAUAUCUAAUCCAUAUCAGUCGACCAGUAGUUUGUGUACAUCUUGAUUCACGAGCUCAAAUACAAAACUGUGCUCACACCCCGUACUGCCCAUUUUUACAGAAUAUCUCAAGCAAAGCAAACAGCCACAAUAGUGAUUUUAAUAGAAUCUCCACCAGUGAUGUUGUUGAAGCCGUUUUUACAUGAAUAUCUUUGAUGUUUCAUGACUUUUAUAAACUGACAUUUCAAGCUUUUCUCACUAAACAUUGUGUUAGUAUCAGUUUUUUUUAAUCUAAACUUAAAAACAGCAAUUUUGGACGGUUACUUGCAUGUAUUGGUGACAAAUAAAAACAGUUCCCACCUCA